ACGAGAUGACCAUGAAAAUCCUUGAAAAUCCUCGUCUUAUCCCCAAAAAUCCCUAAUUGCUGAUACUUAGCGUGAGACGACCAUGAGGACCUGGAGGAUCUGGAUACAUUUUCAAGGGUGGGGGGUCCUGAAAAGGUCCCCAUCCUCUCUCUCCUCCAGAACCUUCUUCUUUCCCCCUGCCCGCCAGCCAUCACCGGCCUUGCUCUGCACCAACCCUUCUCCUGCGCCUGCUCUCCCCUCUACACACAGGCAAUCAUACCUACCACACGCCUACACGCCCUACCCCUGCACGCCUACACCUUUGCUCUGCACCAACCCAGCCGCCUGUGCCCGCCUGCUGCACCAGCUCUGCACGCCCGAGCCAUCAUCGCCCCUCGAACGCCCGGCCUUGCUCUACCCUACCCCCUGCCACACCUGCGCCUCUGCUGCUGCACCGAACCAGCCCCUUUGCCGCCUGCCCCUUUCUGCACCCGAACCCCCUGCACUCAUUACCCCCCCUUGCUUGCUGGCUGCUUCGCUGCACCUAUAUGCACUCAUCACCUGCCUCUUCCCCGAACCAAUCGCCAGCCGAUCCCGCACUCAUUACCCGCUGUAACCCGAUCUUGCACCUGCUUUGAUCGUCUGUUCUCCUUGUCUCGUUUUUCUGCAAGUGUGGGUAUAAAUAGGGGGUGUUCUUGGUUGAUAGGGGGCUUUUUGGCUUGUUUUUGAAGGUGGUGUGGUGUUGACGAAGGAGAACAUUUUUUGGAGGUCGACGGUGAUUGAAAAGAGGUUUAUUUUUCUGUGUCUGUUUCUUGCUUACUUUAGUGGUAGUUAACACCAUCGGAAACGAGCACGAGGAGCUUGAGGAUUUGGAUCUUGGGCAAUUCGAUCUACUUUUGCAAAUCUACAAAGCCACUACCUUAAGUAAGCUCCCCUUGUUUCCCUUUCUCUUCUUUUUGAUUGAAGAUUUUCUAAAGAUUUUUGAUUCAUUAUUAUUAUUUCUUCUUCUACUUCCUCAUGUCAGAUCUCUGCAGAUUGUUGUUUUUAACUUCUUGUUCCUAUUUUUAGAUAAUAAGCUUCAUGGGUUUGUGGCAAAGAAUUAGUAAAUCGUGAUGCUUGUGUGCUCUGCCUCCUGUUAUCUUCUGAAUUUUACUUUAUUUUAGCAUUUCUGAUAUUUAGAAAAGUUGUGGGGAUCCAAGGCUUUGUUUU